AUGACAAGGUUGCCAUUCAAAGGCGACACAAGUACUCUUGGAAAUUCUCAGGAAAUUGCAUUAAGAAGAUAUUUAUCUAUGGAAAGAAGACUUGACUCCAAUAUUGAGUUAAAAUUGGAAUAUGUGAAAUUUAUGCAAGAUUACGAAAAUCUCAGACAUAUGUCGAUGGUUAAGGAUUUGGAUUUAAAUUCUCCCCACUAUUUUAUCCCACAUCAUUAUGUAAUUAAACCAGAUAGCACAACUACUAAAUUACGUGUAGUUUUUGAUGCUUCAGCUCGUACAUCACCACAAGUGUCAUUAAAUGAGUUAUUAAUGGUGGGCCCUACAAUCCAAAAUGAACUUGUAAUAACAUUAUUAAGAUUUCGAUUGUAUCAAUAUGGAAUAACGGCUGACAUAACAAAAAUGUAUAGACAGUUUUGGCUACAUCCAAGUGAUCGCAAUUUUCAACUAAUUUUGUGGCGUGAGCAUAAAUCGCAAAAUAUUUCAGUUUAUCAACUUAAUACUGUUACAUAUGGUACGAGUUCUGCGCCAUUUCUUGCAACCCGUUGCUUACACUACAUUGCAGAUAACUCUCCUUACAGUAAAGAAACAGGUAAAAUGAUAUUAAAACGGGAUUUUUAUGUCGAUGACAUGAUCUCAGGAGCAGAUGACUUGGAGACAUUGCAAGCCAUCAAAAAUGAAACUACCGAAAUAUUGAAUUUCUACAACCUAUCGUUAACAAAGUGGAAUAGCAACAAUGUUAACAUCACUGCACCAAAUGUUAAACUUACAGAUAUUGAGACUGCAAGAGAUAUGGCAUGUCCACUUGAAAUGUUAUGGAAUACGAAAGAAGACUAUUUUUGCUUCACUUUGUAA